GCCACUUACCAACCCCACCUAACCACCAAGCCUCGGCCUCUUGCCGCUUCUUCUUUCUUCAUCUUCAACAAACACGCAUUAUGUUAUUCUACCUCACCAACCAUUUUAUACUCCUCUCUGUCUCUCCACCGGACUCUGACCCGAGUCCAAGCCCAUUACCAUGGCUUCCACGACGAACCCUCUCUAUGCUUCUCUCUCCGCCAAACCUUCCCUCCCCAAACCCAAUAACAACAGCUCGUCGGACUUGUUUGUUAGGGUCCAGAACGUUAACGCCGUCUCUCUCCGGUCUUCUUUUGUUUCUCGUACCACUGCUGUUGAGUUGAUUGGUGGAGGGAAUUCGGUGUUGAGCGCCACCCGAAUGGGCUCCAGGUCGAUGAUAUGUGCGAGCUCGGCGCAGGUGGUGGAUCAAUCUCCAAGUAAAACGGAUUCUAAAGUUCCUACCAUUGUGGAGGUGGAUUUGGGUAGCCGCAGCUAUCCGAUUUAUAUUGGAUCCGGUCUUCUUGAUCAACCCGAGCUUCUUCAAAGGCAUGUCCAUGGAAAGAGGGUUCUCGUAGUGACUAAUAACACAAUCGCACCAUUAUACUUGGAUAAAGUUGUUGAUGCUUUGACAAGAGGAAACCCAAAUGUUUCAGUCGAUAGUGUGAUUUUACCAGAUGGAGAGAAGUAUAAGGAUAUGGACACCCUUAUGAAAGUAUUUGAUAAGGCUAUUGAGUCGCGUCUAGACCGGCGAUCUACAUUUGUUGCCCUUGGAGGUGGUGUAAUUGGUGACAUGUGUGGCUAUGCUGCUGCGUCUUUCCUUCGUGGAGUAAACUUUAUUCAGAUUCCGACAACUGUCAUGGCGCAGGUGGAUUCUUCUGUUGGGGGAAAGACUGGGAUAAACCACCGCCUUGGGAAAAACUUGAUUGGUGCAUUUUAUCAACCUCAAUGUGUCCUUAUAGACACAGAUACGUUAAACACAUUGCCAGACAGGGAAUUGGCAUCAGGGCUUGCUGAGGUCAUAAAGUAUGGGCUCAUUAGGGAUGCAGAGUUUUUUGAGUGGCAGGAGAAGAACCUGAAGUCAUUAUUGGCAAGGGAUCCAAGUGCACUGGCUUAUGCUAUUAAGCGCUCAUGUGAAAACAAGGCUGAGGUUGUGUCCUUGGACGAGAAGGAAAGUGGAUUGAGGGCAACACUGAAUCUUGGUCAUACCUUUGGUCAUGCAAUAGAAACUGGGUUUGGUUAUGGGCAGUGGCUCCAUGGAGAGGCUGUUGCAGCGGGCAUGGUUAUGGCGGUUGACCUGUCAUAUCGCCUUGGCUGGAUCGAUGAUUCAAUUGUGAAGCGAGUUCAUCAGAUUCUACGAGAAGCUAAGUUACCUACAGCCCCUCCUGAAACCAUGACUGUGGAGAUGUUCAAGUCUGUUAUGGCGGUUGAUAAGAAAGUAGCUGAUGGACUUCUGAGGCUCAUCCUUCUGAAAGGUCCUCUGGGUAAUUGUGUUUUUACCGGUGAGUAUGAUAAAAAAGCCCUGGAUGAAACACUCCAUGCAUUUUGUAAGUCCUGAUCCAAUUUCUUACUAAAUUAUACCAGAUAUGUGCGACUUUUAUACCUGUAUAACGUAUUAAUUUUCCAAGCCAGCAUUUUUUUUUCUCAUGUAUUGUAUGCCUUCUUUCUUAGUUUCUUAUAUUUAUCUUAUAGGCAAGAGCCUUUAUCAAGUUGUAAUCUGGAAUUAUGGCAUGAUAAAUAAAUCCCUGUUUGAGCGAUCA